AUGGGACAGAGAAGUUCACGAGUACGAUCUUUUACGGAUAGCGAGCAGGUUUACGACCCAAACCCCAGCAGCAGCACGGCGGAGAAACAACAUCCUCAUCGGCCUGAUGAGAAGCCUGUUGUUGUUGCUGAGGGAGAGGGAGACGUGCUUCCCCACUCGCGUCCGAAAAAGAAAAGGAAAGGGGCCAACUUCUUUAAGUGGCUCUCGUUCGGUGGGAAGAAAAAAUCCACCAAAAACAAGGGCUCAGAUCAGGGCGAAAUGAAGGACCAAGAUAUUGAGACGGAAACAUCCAGGAGAAGUACCGACGACAACAUUUGCUGCCGAUAUGCAAUCGGCAGUAAACUGGGGCAAGGUGGAUUUGGUGCCGUCUAUGAAGGCACUCGUUUGGCGGAUGGCCAGAAGGUGGCAGUGAAAUUUGUCAAAAAGACAAAACACACGGAAUGUAACAGCAUUCCUGAUCAUCCCAAGCCCCUUCCCAAAGAAGUCGCUCUGACAAUCCUGGCCAAUAAAGGUCCAGUGACGGACAUCAUUAAGCUGCUGGACUGGCAGGACCAGCAGGACUUCUAUGUCAUGGUCCUCGAGCGUUUCUCUCACAGCAUGGAUGUGUAUCGCUUUGUGGAAAGCAACGGCGGCAGCAUCGACGAGAAGUUUGCACGCUUCAUCAUGUGGGGGGCAACACUAGCCGCUGAUGUGUGCUGUCGCCGUGGGGUUUACCAUGGGGAUAUAAAAUUAGAGAACCUGCUGAUAGACUUUAAGAACCUCGAAGUCAAACUCAUUGACUUUGGAUGCGGCGAUCUCCUGACGGAAUCUGCCUACACGAGAUUCUGUGGCACAAUGAUGUAUUGCCCUCCCGAGUACAGGAUGAAGGGUGAGUUUCAUGGAAAGCCGGCGACAGUCUGGACUCUGGGAAUCCUCUUGUUCAGAAUGCUGUGCGGACACUUUCCAGAUACUUUCGACCUGUACAGGAUCAAUAUGAACACCUGGUACAAACCUGGCUUGACAGAAGAUUGCUGCCAUUUGAUCUGCUCUCUUCUGCAGCAGAAGCCUGAGCGUCGGCCUGAUCUGGAAAGGAUUGUUUACCACGUAUGGUUUUAG